AUGUCCAGAUUCCCCCACUAUCGGGUUUCGCAGCUCCGAUCAAGCGCACCGCACCUCAUCUCCCAGCCCGCUGAUGAUCCAAUUAUCGUGUCAGAGGUAAUGGCCUUAUUUGCGUCCGCGACAGCUCGACGCCGUAUCGGCUUCGGACCAAUAACUCCUCGCCAUGAUGACACCGGAGCGGAAGAAUACGAUGCUGAGGAGACCGACGAUGGCGAGCGAGCCUGUCCGAAUGAGUGUUCCGGUGUUCGCGGAGUUGGUGGUAAGAAGGGAAGAAUACAUAGAGAUUGCAAUGAGGAUGAAGCUUGGGUUGGGGCAUUCUUGCGAGGAGGUCCGGACAGCUGGUCCAAAAGUAUUCGACGUGAUGAGCUCGAAGGGUUAAAUUUGCAACUUGAAGCUGCAAACUUAACCAAGUCCGGCCCUGCUGGGCGCGAGGCGCGCUUCGUGCCUGGGGGGGGGCAUAUUCGCAGAAGCUCACAGGGGCUUGAUUCUCGACUUCAGAAUCUCCUUAGAAUACACCCCAGGGGCACUUCUUGCCGAGCGGGAUCGUGGAACCGACGAAACUCGGCUGAUCCGUGGAACCGACGAGAUCAGCUCUGUAAGUCUUCGGUAAGGACUGAUUUCGUCGUCGGUUCCACGAACCGAGCUUUUCUUCGUCGUCGAUUCCACGAACUCCCAUCCGAGCCGAUCGGGCUCUCGUUGCUCACUACGGGUCGAUAUGGUCUCAAAAGGGGCAGCCCAACAACAAGUCCCUGUGGACUAGUCGUCGAGGUUCCCCCUCGACCGGCCAGUCCACCUGUCUACCCGGGUUCGACUCCCACUGGCUUCCUUUUUGAGGCCCCCGCUGUUUCUGCAGCUGCAGCCCUACCCGAACUCACGUGGGCUCCUCGGGGCAACUUCGGAGGGGUGCCGUGGAUGGGUGGGUGGAGUCCACAGAAAACUGUGGACCGUCAGCUGCUGGUCCGACCUGCUGCAGUGGCCACUCGUGGGAUCCACGGGCAAAAGUGGUGUCCGACCACGUUGAACUGCGCCCGAGUGGAAGACUUGCCGCCAAAUUUACAGCCCCCUGUAAACCUAUUUUUACAGGCUAUAUAA